AUAUUUUUACCAUUGAGACCAGUAGAAAUUUCUCCACCUCGACUAUUUUUGCACAUUCCUAGCUGAAUUGCGAAUAUUUUCAGGAGCAUCUUGAGACACAAAUGACAUUCAUGUCUAAUUUGAAACCGAUAAUUCAUAUGAUACCCUCUGUACUAUCUACCCGACUGUUUUGCUAGUGAGAAUAUCUUUUUUAGAAUCGAUGUGUUAUCAUUGCUAAGUCACACUAAUCCAUCAACGAGACCACCGAUACAUCCGAUCCAAUCACGAAUUUUAACCGCUGCCAAUUUUCUGUCGAAAAAAAAUUUUUUUUGACCGUUAAUUCUACAAACGUUUCUUCUUGACCCUGGUGUUUUUUUGUUUUUUUCUCUUCAGAAUAAACAACAUUUCUGAACGAUUAACUCUUCUUGAUCAUGAUAUUUCUCAUAACAUUCGCGCAAUUUUUAUUUGAGGACAAACUCAGAGCUAGUGUACCCACCCAGUAUCUUACGUAACAACCAAAUGCUCCAAACCGUUUACAGAGAUGACUCUGCAAAGGUUGCUAUCAUCAGGGAGGUUUACGACAGCGAGAACGCGAUCGAAACGUUUGAAUAUGAGCUAGAACGAGCUUUGGAAUCCGAAUGCAAUCUGAUCGUUAUUGAACCAUCAAAAUUGGGAGAUGAAACCUCCCGAUGGAUCGCCGUAGGCAAUUGUUUACACAAAACCGCAGCUCUCUCCGGUCUAGGAGCCAUUGUCACAGGUUUGAUUUGGGGAGAUCGGCCAUACUUCUGUGGACCAUUGGGCUUCAUAUCCGUGAUAAGUUGCGGUUUGUAUACAGUGUCUUGGCAAUUCGACCCGUGCUGUCAAUACCAGGUCGAAACAGAUACAAGUAAAUUGCCACAUGUGGAGUUACUCGCAGUCUUAGGUCCUUCAUCGCCUACAUUUUUGGUAAGGCGAGAUGACAAGCGAAGAAGGAUACUUCACACAACAAUAACACUUGUGGCGCUGGGUAUAAGCACUUGGAGAUUGUACCGAGCAUUUAAAUGAAAAUGUUGCCAAGGAAAGAAAUGGUCCCUCGAUGAUGAUAUGAAAAUAACUAAAAAAGAAAAGAUGCAAAAGGUAGGAAAUGCAACGCGUUGUGACGUGUGACUGUAGUGAGAAACAAAUUAGGCUAACUUGUUGCGUUAGAAAAAUACAAAUACACUUUUGGUCGAUACUUCCCUAACUUCUAAGUCAGCCUCUCCACAUUUAUAAUGAUCUAUUCGUAAAACCAACAAAUGCUGAGACUAGGUUAUCGAUGGAUCAUUAAAUAUACCUCGUGUUUAUUAGUAAUUGCCGCUGUGUGAAGCUAUGAUUUCAGAGGGGUGGGAAAUAAAGUUAACAAAAUCGUGUAAAUGAAGCAGUCCAAUGACGUUUGAUGAUAGUGGUGAAAAAACAAACAAUAUUGAGAGCCUGUACGUUUAGUUUGUAAAUAAGUUAGUUAGAAUAUGUUAUGAUCAGUAUAAACAAUGGGAGUAUUAGAGAUCAAUUUUUUCUUAUUCUUUUAUUGUUAUUAUGAGUUUCCCCAUUGUUUUGGCAUGUGAUUUUAUCCUUAUUACCUAUCGAUAUCCAGGUAACUACCACUGAAAGGUAAUAUGCAUUACGCAAAACUGGAUUGAGGUUCCGCUCUCAAAGUCUUAUCGCGGCAUGUUCAGAACGUCAAAAAAUCUCUGACAAUCAACAGAACGGUAUAUACACACGAGCACAGACAGAUGUAUGAGAACACGAAUAAAUGUACAAGCUAUACGAUUCCGUUUGAAUCAACAAAUGUGUUGACAGUUGCUUACUUGCGCAAGCCUGGUCCUGAUUAAACUCAUCUUACAAAAUAGUCUCACUUUGUGUGAUAAAUUUUUCUUUCAACUUUCUCACUCAUAGCUAUUUGUGUUUUUUUUUCGUAUAUUUUUCUUUUAUCCUCAUCAUUUUGUACAUCGUUUCAAAUAACUAAUCGCUCUCACGUUAUCAUGGCCCAAUGUUGAGAAUAUACAUUUCUCACCGUUGUGAAAAUAGACACGAAUUCUUUUAUGGUAAAAAAUGAUUCGUAUGAGGUAUUUGAAAUCACUUUCCAAGAAUAAUUCGUAAAUUAUUUUCUUGCAUUGAUAUUGUAAUUAAACUCAGGCCUCUAGUGUUCAAACACGAGCACAGGUUUCUACUGAAAAUGAUAUAAUUGAUGCAGUCGGUAUUUAGAACCCAAAUACACCUAGUGCUAGUCCUAGGCUUUAAAUUCAUACCUGAGGUUGCCAUAAUUGUUACAAAUGACAAAAGCUGAGCCAAAAUUAUUACAAAGAACUAACUUAGCAGCUUUGAUCAUUCAGAAAAAAACUGUUCCGAAAAUUAUUCCACAAAUUACAUUUUACGAAUCGAUCAACAACUUGCUUUUUAGUUGCAAUUUUAGUAUACGUUGUUGCAAUGUAUUUUCUAUUGCUCAUAUCCCCAGAAUCACUGUAAGCCUUUCAUUUUUUUUUUGUCUCAAAGACCGUGAGUUGAGGAACUCUGAAUUUUCGGUAUGCAUAGUAGUGCCGAUCAAUACUUAAAUGUUACACUUUUUUUUUUUUCAAAGUACAAACAGUUUCUCUUUAAGGCUUGUAUUUUCAGAAGACAUAUUCGUUGAUAAUGUAUCUGCUGUAACUUGAAAGGAUUUGACAACUGCGACACAUGUUUGCUUGCAUUUAUUCUGUUUCUAGUAAGUAGCUGGCUGCGACUAUUUAUUUGUUAUAGUAUCUAGACGCAGAGAUACGAGUAGCCUGACGCAUUUAAUCAUCUAACAAUUCUAACAGCAUCCUGCUUCAAAGCAUUUUAAUCGCAUGAUUAUCGUCAAAUUCUUCUCAAGUAAUGGUUGAUGCGUCAAUUUUUUCAUAGAAAUAAAAUGUUUUAGCCCCAAAGAAAAGUCGCGGGCCAUAGUCUGUAACGUGUACAUAAUGUAAACAUGUCCCAUUGAUGCGGGCUUGUCAUAAUUAUAAAAAUAAAAUAUAGUUUUAAAUAGUA